AUGUUGAGCGCCGUCCGUCGAGGACCUGCCGUCGCGCAGGCUCUGCGAGUCUGCACGCCUCGCUCGAUCCAGCCGUUCAAAACGACUUCUCUGCUGGCGAGAUGGCAACGGCCGUCUGCUUCCAUCUCUACGCCCCUCCAAGUGCGGUCCUUUUGUUUCUCUCCAUACUUGAGAAAUGCCGGGUCGGCCGCCGCGCAGCCCGUCCAAGAGGCCGCUGGCGCGGACGCCAGCGAGCAACGGAUCACUCAAUUUCAGGAGUUGGCAGACAGGGGCCUUGUCAACGAGAGAAUCAUCUAUUCCAUUACGCAGAAAAUGAACAUCACGACCAUGACCGAUGUUCAGAGCAUGAGCAUCACUGAGACGCUCAAGGGGGUCGACGUCUUGGCCCAGGCCAAAACCGGUACCGGCAAGACUCUUGCCUUCUUAGUCCCUGUCCUGCAGAAUAUCCUUCGCGACAGCAGCCUGCAGAAGCGUAGGGGUGGUGGACUCCAGGCUCAUGCCUCGGAUAUCCGUGCCAUUAUCGUCUCGCCGACUCGGGAACUUGCCGAACAGAUCGCUGUUGAGGCCGUCAAGGUUGCGUCGUCGACAGGAGUGGUUGUCCAAACCGCAGUGGGUGGUACGAAGAAAAAAGAAGGAUUACUACGGAUCCAACAGCAGGGCUGUCACCUCCUUGUCGGAACCCCCGGUCGCCUGAAGGAUAUCCUCUCCGACCCAAACAGCGGCGUCAGCGCCCCCAGGCUGAGUGCAUUGGUGCUAGACGAAGCCGAUCGCCUGCUGGACCAGGGAUUCGCACCUGAUAUCGAGGAGCUCCAGCGUUACCUCCCGGAUCCCAUGAAGGUGGACCGACAGACUCUCAUGUUCUCUGCUACUGUUCCCGCGGAGGUGAUGGGCAUGGUCCGCAGAACCAUGAAACCAGAUUUCAAAUUUAUCAAAACGAUCCAGGAGGACGAAGUGCCCACCCAUCUUACUGUUCCCCAGAAGGCUGUCUUUCUUCGCGGGUUGGAAAAUGCUCUGCCCGCCGUGCUUGAACUUGUGAAGAACUACAAACGUCAGGCGCAGCAGGAUUCUAGCCUGCGACCUUUCAAAGCUAUCGUCUACCUCAACUCCACGGCCGAUGUCGAAUUCUGGUACGAGGCCUUCCGGGCGUUGUGCUUGGAUCCGACGGAGUACAGCAGUCCUCACCCUCUGGAGGACACUGAGAUCUAUCAAAUUCAUUCCAAACUGACCCAAUCCCGGAGGAAAAGGAGCUCGCAGUCUUUCCGCUGGGCCCGCUCUGCCAUCCUGUUCUCUUCCGACGUCACCGCCCGAGGUAUGGACUUCCCAGAGGUCACCCAUGUCAUUCAGAUUGGGGCUCCCCUGACGAGGGAGGCGUACAUCCAUCGUCUCGGACGGACUGCACGAGCGAACAAGAAAGGCGAAGGCUGGGUCCUUCUGCACGAUCUUGAGUACGAUCACUUCAGCAGCAAAACCCACGAUCUACCUAUUUCCAAAGAUAUGACGUCCCUCCAAACCGCCACUGUCAACAUGGCCGGAGAGAACAAAGAGCUGCCUGCCCCGGUCGCCGAAAUAUUCUCACAACUUAAGGCAGCCAUGAAGCGGGUCCCGUACGACUUCAAGGCGGAGUCCUACAAGGGCCAGAUUAGCGUGUUGAGACAAACCUUUGAUAGCAAGAGAGACAUAAUCCGCACUCUCAACAACCUGGCUAUCAAUGGAUGGGGCUUGUCUAGACCGCCGGCGGUCGAUCCCAAUUGGGCCAAGAGAAGAGGUAUUCACAAUAUAGAAGGCUUGAACGUACUACCGCCCAAGUGGAUGAAAAAGAUUAGAGAGCGGCGGCGUUACAACUCCGAUGAUUUCACGCGCCGUCAUAGAUUCAACGACCGCAACGAUAACAACGACCGCCAGCAGUUCGAUGGCACUGGCCGUUACGGAUUCAAUCUCGAUGGCAAUUACGAGUCAGAUCGCAAUGCCCGUUCCGAGCACCAUUAG